UCCAGGCACGGUUCCCCGAGGAAGAGCUGGAAAAGGGAAAGAACAGGCGACCCGGUGCAGAGCCCAAGGAAGGAACUAGGGAAGCGCGAAUCGACGAAAAAGGCGGUCCAAUGUAUCUCGGUUCUCGCGCCGCCGGGAUCGAAAAAUGUCGCUGCCGCGCGAGUGGAGCUUCCAGGGGUCCUGCCGCUCGGUCGAGCGGGGCCCAGCCACGGCCUCGUCCCAGGAGAUGGUCGGCGCCGCCGUCAUCGACGAGAAUAUGAACCAGCAGAACCAGCUGGGCUCGCUCUUCUCCAUCCAUUCGGCGCCGGUCUUCGACCUGAGCACUGGGGCGGCAUCCCCGAAGAGGCCGGCCUCCCUGGUGGUCCAAGCCACGGCGAAUUCGACGCCGAUGGUGCCACCCAGAUCCUCGGCCGCCAGUCCUCCGGACACCAUCGAGGACGAGGAUAACGACAACCUCCUGACCAUCUCCAGCCUGACCGCGAGACCACUCAUCGCCAAGUCCAGGGAGCUCAGGUCGUCCAGGCAUGCCGGCUCCCGCAAAAAGAGGAACAAACCUACCCCCAAACUCAAGAACCCCAAUUUCGUCUCCCUCGACGGUGGUUACGGAUGGAUCGUCGUCCUCGGCGCCUUCUUCGUCCAGUUCUGGGUCGCCGGACUGGUCAAGUCCUACGGAGUUCUCUAUGUCGAGGUCAUGGAAACCUUCCCGAACUCCUCUGCCACGGUAGCCUCAUGGAUCCCGGCGAUUCUCUCGUGCCUCUGUCUUGCGCUAGCACCUGUGACAAGCAUGCUGUGUCAAAAAUAUAGCUGCCGAAAAGUCGUCUUCAUCGGGGGACUUUUUUGUGCUUUGGGACUCACCCUCAGUUACUUCGCCACCAAUUUGAUACAUUUGUUCUUCACAUUUGGAGUAUUAACCGGCAUAGGUGGCGGUCUUUCGACAACACCGGGCAUUAUAAUAGUCUCCCAGUAUUUCGACAAGCACCGAGCUCUGGCGAACGGGAUCUGCGUUUCGGGAACGGCAGCAGGUGGCUUCGUGUUUCCCCUGCUCAUAGAGACUUUGGUUGCAAAUUUUGGCUUCCACGGGACGAUUCUACUCCUCGGAGGAUGCAUGCUCCACGUAUGCGUGUGCGCCACGCUGUACCGCCCCCUAGAAGACAAUUACGUGGAGACCAAUGAGCCGAUAUCGGAGAAAGAACUACCCGACAAGUUGGAGACCUUGAAGGACCCUCAACCGACGAAGCAGCAGAAGCUGGACAUGCUCUUCGCGAACGAUGCCACCACCCGACAGAACCUGCUGAACGAGCUCUUUCACCAGAACACGGUGCUCGCCGUGGAGUUGACGGACAGCGAGGAGGAAAAGGAUAUAAUGGGCGAGGGCCUCAAGAUGAAGCCAAUUUCGAAAAUCCGCAGUUCCAGCAUCCUGCACAGCGUGGAGGACCUAUCAACUGACUCUACUUGCGUGUACAAGGCGAGGUCCUCCUUGAGAUCGCUCAGAUCGUCGGCACUAGUCGUAGCCCAGCCAUUGCCAAUCGAAACGACCACGGUUCAGCCGAAGACGUUCAGUCAGAAGAUCUCUCGUUAUCUGGACGUAACGUUGCUGAAGAACCCACAGUUCAUGAUGAUGUGUCUGUCCGUUAGCCUCAUGUCCACGGGGAGUCCGUACAUGCUCUACUAUCUGCCGGCUUACGUGCACGCAGCGGGAUACACCAAAGCGGAAGCUGGAUACCUAGUUGCCAUCUCCGCGACUCUUGAUCUGUGCGGCAGAUUGGGUCUUGGAUGGCUUUCGGAUCUGCAACUAUUCGACCGCCGAAAAGGAUAUAUUGGGAGUGUGGUUGGUGCCGGAGUGGCGGUACUUGCAAUCCCGAUGGCGCACUCGUUUUAUGUGCUGGCAUGUUCCGUGGGGAUGUACGGAUUAUGCCUCGGAUGUUGGUUCCUGCUCGUGCCCGUCCUUCUCGCUGACCAAUAUGGAACUGACAAGAUAUCUUCGAGUUAUGGCCUCGUCAGGAUGUUCCAGAGUAUCGGAGCCAUCUCCAUUCCACCUCUUACAGGUUAUCUGCGCGACGUGACCGGAAGCUACAGCGUGUGUUUCGUGUGCAUGGGCACAUGCAUGGUGAUGGGUGGACUUCCCCUGCUUCUUGUAUUCAACGAUCCCGCAAAAUCGACGAAUCUGCCUCAAGAGAAAGCAGGAGGCGAGAACAAAGACAGAAUUGCAGACGCGAAGCAGUAACGUCGAACGAAAUGUUUCGUUCCCGUCUCCAUU